UUUUAUUUUAUUAUUUAAAAAUUUUUUAAAUUGUCAGAUGAUCGCUAACUUUUUAAUAAGAUAUGAUCCUGAAAUUAAAAGAAGGGAAUUAAUAAGUGUCACAUUCUAUGGUAAGAUUUUAUAAAAGACAAAUGUUUAAAAAAUAAUCAUACAACUUCUUAAUACCAUAAGAGAAGAAUAAAAAGAAAAUUAAUUGUCAAGUUGGAUCAUUAAAAACCUAUUAUUUUUGAGCUGCAUAUUUUUUUUUAAAUUUGUUUAGUAAUGGAUGAGGUGUUACCUUUUUAUGUACAAAAAUCAAUUUUAGAUAAUAUUAAGAAUCUCAUUAUUCUUUUAAAAAUCGAAAGAGUUCAUAAAACUUGGUAUAAUAUUGUUCACAAUCGUAUUUCACAAUCUGACGAAUGGAGGGAAAUUUGUUUAAAACAUAUUUCAACAAAUUCAAUAUGUACUAUUAUGACAAGAUCAUUUCCAAGACUUUCGAUUACAAAUUUCAAAGAAAUUUCGGACAGUAACAUUUGGUUUUGUACAUUUCGCUCUUACAGAAGAUGGUUACUAAAAUGGAAGUUUCAAAUUAAUCACGAAACCAUUGAUAAUUUGUCCAAAGAAUCUUUUCAAUCAGAAAAAAUAAUUUGCACCGCAAUUUGGGAUAAAUACUUUGCUGUGGGAACUACCAAAGCUUUUGUACAUUUAUUUAACAUCGAUGAUUUGAGCGAACCGUUUCUUACAAUUGAUAACAAACAAUAUUUAUCGCAAAUUAUAUUUUGGUAUCCUAGUAAGGAUUCUGAGGAAUUAAUUUUGGUUACAAGAUCUUCAGAAAAAAAAAUCAAAUUUUGGAAUUCAUCGAAUGGAACAAAUAUCCCAACUGAUCAUGAUUAUAAAGCGAAAUAUUUAUGUGUAGGUACCAUGAAUAAUUUUUUUGGUGAAUAUCAUGAUGUUAUCACUGAAUAUGAAAGAACUUUAGAAAACGUUACUUCCAAAAGAAAUAUCCACUUGCAUACUACAGCUGAUGAUGUUUUUUUUGUACUGUUUUCCCAAGAAGAAAAGCUACUGAAAUUAUUAUUAGACUCACUGAGUAUUUACUUGUACGAGAUAAAAGUUCCCUCUAAUGAUAAAGAAUCCUUGCAAUUAAUGCAUCGAAGAAAAUCGGUUAUAUCAAACAUCAUAUAUCCCAAAAAUGACUUUUAUUAUAAUUUACUCAGUCUCGGAAACAAACAAAUAACGAAAUUUUUUUUAAGGAAAAAUAAACUUUAUUAUUUAGCUGAAGAUAUUGCAGUUUUGGUUUCUGAAAAUAAUCAGAGUAUUUUAGUUCAUGAAGAAUCCAAAAAAUGGAAAGAAUAUAAUCCUUUUGAAAAAUUUACAGGAAUAAUAACAUCGGCAGUUUUGCAUGGAAAAACUUUUAUUUUCGGUAUCCAUACGGGUGAAGUACAAAUAUAUGUUUUAGAAAACUUAGAACAAUUGAAAUCAUCUCAACUAAAUCCAGAUUCAUCGAUAAAAUAUAAAUUCAUACAAAACGAGCCAAUUAUUUCUUUAAAUAUUACAGAAACUCAACGCAAACUUUAUAUUUUGGCAUCAACAAGAUAUGAAACUCAUGUUAUCACUUUUUUUUAGGUCGUUAUAUUUAAAUAAUAUUUUUAAUAAUCAAUAAAUUACGCACCAUAAAAAAUAUUUCAUACAAUCUUAUUAAAUAUAUUGUAAUCUUUUACUAUAGUUGUAUUAAACCAAAAAUAUAUGUAUUAUAACAACUAUACUAUUAAAAAUUAAAAAUGAUUUAAAUAUUUUGUCUAUAAGAAAAAAUAAAUGAUUAUAUGACUAUAUAUAACUAUGAUUAAACUUUCUUGCAUUUUUUCGAAUAUAAUUUGAAUUUGUCACAUUAUUUAAAAGAUAUAAUAUUAUGCAAAUACAAUUUUUUAUUGAAAAUCUUGCAA